AACCAUUUUUUUUUCCUCCCCCUUCUCUCUGUUUCUCUCAUUCCCUCUCCCCUUUGGUUAGGCUUUGCCAACAUAUCAAGAUGCGUUUCGCCGGCUUCCAUCACUAACCUCCCGGAGGUCAUCAAACCAAAUUUAUGAGUGGUCGCUGGAGUCACGUGACUCUAUUUAAGGCUCCCUUAUUUGGGAAGAGCGCAUAGGAUAAAGAAAGAGAUAUCUCCACCUAUAAAUUGUGCACUUUGGAGAACAAAAAACCCCUCAACUUCAAAGAGUCACAAAUCACCCUUAAUCAAAAAGGGUGCAGAAAUUUUUUUGGGCCCUCCCCGCCAUGAGCUCCUACGUAGCCAAUUCAUUCUAUAAGCAGAGCCCCAAUAUCCCUGCCUAUAACAUGCAAACUUGUGGGAACUAUGGAUCGGCCUCAGAGGUGCAGGCAUCCAGGUACUGCUACGGCGGAUUGGACUUAAGCAUCACUUUCCCACCGCCUGCGCCUUCCAACUCUCUCCACGGGGUAGACAUGGCUGCCAACCCCCGGGCUCACCCCGACCGCCCCGCCUGCAGCGCCGCGGCCGCUCCAGGACACGCUCUGGGCAGAGACGAAGCGGCUCCUCUGAACCCCGGGAUGUACAGUCAGAAGGCGGCUCGCCCAGCGCCGGAGGAGCGAGCUAAGAGCAGUGGGGAGAUCAAAGAGGAGCAGGCGCAGACAGGGCAGCCCGCCGGACUGAGCCAGCCACCGGCCCCGCCACAGAUUUACCCGUGGAUGACCAAACUGCACAUGAGCCACGAGACAGACGGCAAGCGGUCCCGCACCAGUUACACGCGCUACCAGACUUUGGAACUGGAAAAAGAAUUCCACUUUAACCGCUACCUCACUCGCCGCAGGCGCAUAGAGAUCGCCAACAACUUGUGUCUCAACGAGAGACAGAUCAAGAUCUGGUUCCAGAACCGCAGGAUGAAGUGGAAGAAAGAUUCCAAAAUGAAAAGCAAAGAGGCUCUUUAGGAGGCGGCGAAGAGGCCCGCCCGGAGCGCCCUGGCUGCUCCCACUCCCCUCGCCUUUCCUUUCCGGUUCUCCUCUCUGUAUUUUAGGGCAAGGGCGGUGGCCGGGGACCCGCUCCGGGCCUCAGAGACAAAAGCGCUUUCCCCGGCACCCGCAUCUCCACCGACCCCAGGUUCCCGCGGGGCUGACCACGCUGUGCUGACUCCCCUUAGUUCUGCUGGGCUCCGGGCCGCCCCGGGGCCAGCUCCGCAGGCUUCCCAGGGCUGUGGCUUCCUGGCGCUGCCCAGGCUGGCGCCGACCCCACCGGACCGGCCUGGGCCGCCUCUCAGCCUUCCAGCCCCAGCUGGACCCACCCCCGUUAAGGUGGGCCGUGUGGUUGCUGCAGGCCGGGCGCCCCGACCCUCCAACCUCGCGCUCUCCUUUGUUCCCGGUUUAGGCUGGCCAGGCCGCUUCGAUCUGGCGAGAGAGUGGUUGUGCCUGGGGGAGUCUGGCGCCAGAUUCGGGGUGCUUCCUUGUAGUGACUACACUCAAGUUUUUCAUUUUUUAAUGAUUUGCAUAAUAAAAGGGGGAGCCGAUUGAAGUCUGCCUCCGGCCCCUUGGGUUGUCCUAUGCUCUCUAAACCUUCCUCCGACCCCCAAACCCGGGAACCUCUCCAGCCUGCGCCCUCUGCAUGCCUUCAGGCCCCCAGCCUCAGACCACUAGCGAGCUCAACUAUUGAGGCUCCCUGCCACAGGACCCCAGCAGCGGUCCUAGGGGCUCCUGGCUGCUAGUAUCCUUGCCGCCACUUUCUGUGCCCGCCUGCCCCAUCGCUGUUGUACAACUAUUUAUUGACGCCAGGUCUUUCCUGAAACUAUAUUUUGUCAUAGCAAAUAAAGACAAAGAGAGAACAGGACUAAAAAUGCAGUGGCUCCUCUCUGAUUGGGGCACGUAUUGGGCAAAAAAGUCUAAAUGGGCUGUGAGGUGGAGGGGGAAGCCCACAGCCUUUAAACCUCCUCUUUAAAGGAAUUUUUAGGAGCUUCUUCGGGUAUUGAGACAAGGCAGGUGAAAGUGGGCUCCUGUCCUGACCCCUGGCCCCAAGAAGGGCCUCUGGGGGAAGGGGAGGACCCAGGUGCCUGUCCUGUGCUGUGGCCAUCCAAGGCAUUCGGGCCUCUGCACCCCAUCCCCUUUUUGGCUGGGUGGCUCUGGGGUCUCUAGACUGACAGCGGCCCUCACUGCAGGCAAGAACGAAUCUGCAGGGACUCGUGGCUCUGCGGUAGGGUUAAGGGGUCCCCGAGGGGCCUAGGUGGACAUAAAGUGCUGAGCCCUCAGCCGAGGGUCCUAUCUGGUCGCAGAAGGAUCCUCAGAAAGAGUUGGUGCUGCUGAGUAAAGGGGUUCUGGGAAGUUGGGGGUGUGCCUCAGCUUCCUCAGAUACUGGCGGAGGGCGAGUAGGGCGGGCAAUCUGCAGGGUAUACCUGCCUGGCAGGAAUCUUCAGACCAUUUCCCCACCUUCUAGGGCCUAGGGCUAUGCGGGACAAUGAGCUGGAAAGGGGCUGCAUAGACCAGUGCCUGAGUUUCAUCUGUUUGCCAUCAUUUAUCUCUGGUCGCUGGGAUUUUGUGUAGGGGGAGGGUGGGCAGAAGGGAAGGAGAAAUGGCAGAUAAUUCAGGUGGUGCCUGAGACUGGCUUAGGCCCAUGCUCUGCUCUGAUUCAGGCUCUUGGGAUGGGAAGGGGGAGGAAAUACUUUAUAGGAGAAACAAAUGUGGGAAGGGUCCAUAAAACUUUACUGCAUUUCCUCUCCCGCCUCCCACAAUGGGGUGAUUUCCUGGAGCCAAGCCUAGGCCCCCCAUACUGGGGGGGGGGAGAGGUUCAGGAGCUGGGCUAGAAGGUUUUUCCAGCAGCCAAGAGGGAAAGAGAGCAGGGAGGCUCUGGGGAGGGGUAAGGGGAAUAUUUAUGAUUAUUAAUGCUGAUGCUCCUUGGAUUUAUUAUAAGGACUGACUUCUCUGCAUCCUAUUGCCUAAGCCACCUGUCAUUUUUUAAAAGACCCAAGAGCCUUUCCUCACUCCACGCUAGCCAGUAGGAGGUCUCACCAAAUGUUUAUUGAACUGCACCCAUUGCAGCACCCUUCUUCACACUGCACUCACUCAGACCAGAUUAGGCCUCCCGAAGUGGCUCUCCUCCACCAGCACACAGCAGACAGCCCAGCGCCAGCUCGCCCACUCUCUCUCUCUCUCUUUCUCCCUCUCUUUCUCAAA